AUGUACUUAAAUACUACUGGGCUUGGAGAAUGGUCUGUUAAAAAUUGGGUGUUCAAAGAUAAAAAUGGGAUCGUUGAAAGAAGAGAAAGUGUCUUAGCGGGCAGAGAAACUAGAUCAAACAUCUAUGAAGAGUAUUCUGACUUUUUAAGAGAAUUUUUAAAUUCUCUAAACAAGUUACCAGCACACUAUUACCGUAAGGACACUACCAAGCAGUACUUGGAACAAGAUUUUCAACCACUGGCCCAGUUACAUAAAAAAUAUAAAAAUCAGUAUGGUUGCACUGCGCAAAACCGUAACCCCGUUUUAUCUAAUGCGCUACUUCAUUUGGCUGAAACUUACAACGUAACUAUAUUCCAAAAAUUUCUUGUUAAAGGCUAUACCCAAAUGGAGUGUGACAGUGUGCACACAACUAUCGAAACUUCAUUAAAAAAUAGAAACAUUUAUUUACCAAGUGACUGUGCAAGAGUAACAAGAGAAGCAGAAAAGAAAAAUCCGUACUUGGUAAAAACGCCCGACUUCGUUUUUUUUACAAACUAUAAUCAUAAACCAUUCAUAAAAUAUGAUUCAAUUUGUCCUGGUAAGGUAACUUCCGAUCCCUUAGUUUUCAAUAUAAGAGCUCUACGAUAUACGGAAAAUGGCGAAAUUCAAUACAAAAUCAAUUUGGACGAUGAAUUUCAGCCACUUCCCCGAAGACCAAAGGUCAUAAAUUUAUCUGGUAAAAUUUUCCGAAGUUACAUACCAGAUUGCAAAAAAUUAUCAGAAAGAAAUAAAGCAGGAUUGCUGGCCUUUCUAUGA